AUGACUGGAUCAUUCAAUAACCUCUUUCUUACCAACCUGGAUACACAUGUCAGUGGCAUCGAUCGUUUCUAUUCGCGAGAGUUUACUGUGUCCGUGGCAGCUAUUAGGAUACGAGCCUAUAUUCCGCCACCAAUUCACGAUGAGAUUGAUGUUUUUGACAACGAAGUGGAUACUAGGUUUGACUCCCUGGCAACUCAGCUUGUUUACGACUCGGUUGUCCUGUUUUACAAUGCCCUGCUUGAGAUAAGUCAGCGUCCAGGAUUCUAUACUCCUCAAUUCAGCUGCGGUCGAGGCUUUUGGCAGCCAGGACCUCGUCUGAUAGAACAGAUGAAAAUGGUGUCUCCCAAUGUGAAACCCCCCUUUAAGACCCAGAGACUUCAGAUAAAUGCUGAGGGACAGCGUGAUGACUUCAACCUGGAGGUUUAUAAUCCUCUUAUUGAUCGUGUGACCCAUAUUUGGAACAAGGAAUUUCAACUUGUGGACUUUGAAAAUAAGGAGAAUUCAACUCAGGCGGUGAAACAAAGGCGUCUCGAGAACAAAGAGGAUUUCUCCCAAAAACCCGUACGCUAUACAGUGGCCACUCGUGUGGGUAAACCCUACUUUAGUUGGCGAGAGGAACCGGAAGGAGUUCACUUCGAGGGCAAUGAGCGUUUCGAGGGCUAUGCCGUUGAUUUAAUUUACAAAUUAGCCGAGAUAUGUAAAUUUGAUUUUAACUUUGAACCAGUUAGGGAUAAAUAUGGAAGUUACGAUGCGGCCACUGAUGAAUGGGAUGGCAUUAUUCGUCAGUUGAUAGAUAAUAAUGCACAAAUUGGCAUCUGUGACUUGACCAUAACCCAGGCACGUCGAUCUGUGGUGGACUUUACUGUUCCAUUUAUGCAACUUGGUAUAAGUAUUCUGUCUUAUAAGGAGCCACCGCCAAAGGCAGAUAUCUAUGCUUUCCUGAAUCCAUAUGGUGUUGAAGUCUGGCUGUAUGUAAUGAUUGCCAUGAUGAUAACAGCGUGGGCAUUGAUUCUCGCCGGUCGCAUGGAUCAAUAUGAAUGGGAGCAUCCGGUGGUGAAUGAAAAUCACGAAAUGGUUCGGGAAAAUACCUGGCAUCUGCAUAACACUAUGUGGUUGGUGUUGGGAUCGAUUCUUAAUCAGGGAUGCGAUCUUUUGCCAAGGGGUCUUCCCAUGCGUUUACUGACUGCCUUUUGGUGGAUCUUUGCCCUGCUUAUCUCAACUUACAUAGCCAAAUUGGCGGCUUUUAUUACCUCUUCGAAAAUAGCUGGAGAUAUAGGCUCUCUUCAUGAUCUCGUCGACCAGAACAAGGUGCAGUUUGGCACAAUCCGCGGAGGAGCCACCUCAGUGUACUUCUCGGAGUCCAAUGAUACGGAGAACAGGAUGGCCUGGAACAAAAUGUUAUCCUUUAAGCCGGAUGCAUUUACCAAGAACAAUGAGGAGGGUGUGGAUCGGGUGAAGUUAAGCAGAGGCACAUAUGUCCUAAUGGAAACCACUAAUCUGCAGUACUAUGUGCAACGCAAUUGUGAGCUCACCCAAAUUGGAGAAAGCUUUGGAGAGAAGCAUUAUGGAAUAGCUGUGCCGCUGAAUGCCAACUUUCGUUCCAAUCUCAGUGUGGGCAUCCUGAAGUUGAGUGAAACUGGAGUUCUGUACAAUUUGCGCAACAAAUGGUUUAAUAGCAAUGAGAGCACCUGUGACUCGGAUGCCUCCGUCGUCGAUGAUGGCCAGUUCGAUAUGGAUUCGGUGGGCGGACUGUUCGUGGUACUCAUUGUGGGCGUGAUUAUUGCAUUUGUGAUUGGCGUGGCCGAGUUCCUCUGGCAUGUCCAUCGCAUAGCAGUUAAGGAGAAGAUACCAUCCUUGUUGGCCCUGAAGGCAGAGUUUCACUUUCUCAUCCGCUUUUGGCUGACCAGGAAGCCCCUGCAUACCUAUCGCCAGAGCAGGGACUCGACCUCGACGGGCUACUCUUCCCUGGAGCAGAUAUCGAGUGCAUCCAGUGCCAAGAAGAGGAAAAAGACACAUAGGAGAAAGGACUAG